AGAGGGUCGGUCGACGGUGGAUUCCCAUCGAUCCGAGAAAUAAGAUGGGCGCGGGUGCGGAGAGAUCCAGCAACAAAAGAACCAUGGCGGCCGAUCCGACCAGCCGAGACGAUCCCUUGCCGGAGAAGAAGAAGAAGGUGGUGGAUCUGGGGAGCGACAGUGACGAGGACUUGCCUAAUCCGUCACAAUGGGCGGGGGUUAAUCCCGAUUCCUUCGGCGAUGACUACUUGGCCAAGAUGGAAAAGGCUAGACUCGACGAAGAAUCAGCUCCCCGCCCUGUGAAAAUUGCUACGCUCGACUACUACAAACCUGCCACCAGGUUUCACACCAUCGAGCUUUUCCCCGUCUUUCGAUCCGGAAGCAAGGCUGUGCUCCUCGCUGCGAAAUUUCUUCUAGGGAUUUCAUCCUCUCGUGAUGGUGAACCGCUAAGAAGGUGCUCUGGCUUCUGGGUCGAUUGGGAUGAGGAGAAGAAAACUGGCCUUGUUUUGACAACUGCGCGGCUGAUUCGCACAAAGGAUGCUCCUUACAGUGUCUGGUCAGGCGGUGAAGAGUAUGCUACAGAUGCUGAUGUCACUGUUCAUUUGCUAAAUGGCACCAGUGCAAAGGGCCAGCUGGUCUAUCUCCAGCCCCACUACGAUCUCGCUUUCCUGAGCGUUCAGGAGGAUCAACGGAAGAAAUAUCAGCACAUCGCCCGGCCUCAUCUUGGAAUGAUGUUUAAGGACAUCAAACUUCUAGAACCUGCUCAUGUUGACAUGUUAUGGCGUAUGUUUAACAUUGAUGAUGGUCUUAUUGUUCAAGAGGUGUCGGGAGGGUCGCCUGCUGAGAAAUUUGGAAUCCAAAAAGGUGAUAUUAUCGAAUCUUUCAAUGGAAAGCAUGUUUCUUCCACAAUUGAGUUGGAAAAUACACUGAUGAGCAUAUACAAGGGAACUUUAGAUGCUGAAGUUCGUAUUUUUGUGGUGUGCAGCAAGUAA